GCUUUUUCCUACUUUGAUUGACGCAUAUAUUUUCCAUAAAAUUUAAAAAUAAGAUGAAGUUUGUUUAUCACUCUCCACUUUUAAAAGAUGACAUAUGAUUUUUUUCCAUUAAAACCAGACACGAGGAUGAAAAUUCCGGUUCUCUUUUUAUUUCAGUUUAUUUUCUCCUGUGGUUCUCGUUCCAUGACGCCAACCGUUUCAGUUGAAUUAAAUGAAGUAAAGUGGUGUCUUAGAGAUGCACUUGUAAUUCAAAAUGAAUUGACUGAACAACGCUGCCCUUACGACAAGAUUCAAAAAGGUGUGAACUGCACAAUGCACUGCAAAGGAACGUUUAUAGCGAACAACUCCCUGUAUGAUGAAGAGAAAAUCUGUGUGAACUUCACACUUAAUUUACCUAUGCUUACAAAUCUUCAUGAGAAUACACCUCCAACUUUCCAUAAAAAAUAUUGUAAUAUAUCAAAGUGCAUAUAUGACUGGUUCUCUGUAACAUGUGCUUUUCCGAAACAAACAGAUAUUGGAAGUGAAAUUGGUAGUGCAGACAUAAAUAUGAACAGUGAAAUACAGGAAUAUGAACAAAAGUACUUAUUAGUGGCUUUUGCUUGUGUGGUAGCGGGUUGUAUGAUUGGAGUAUUGUUAACAUUGACUGGUCGUCGCUGCACCAAUCAUAGACGAACAUCACCAUCAUCUGCCGAUCAAGACCAGACAAUCCAGAGAACCGGAGAUUCAAUAGAUAACCUUUAUAUGUACUGCGAUAUAGAAGAUACUGCAAGGAUAUCAGAAAAAGGAGUUCAAGUACCAUCACUUAAAGACAAGAGUCCAUCAAGUAUGCGAUCAGGUACCUCCAAUGUUUAUCGUCUUCUGAAUGAAAAAGAGAGUCCUAUUGAUUCCCUGACAUCCACUGUAGGAACAACGUCACGUGGAGGAAGUACAUCAGAAGAUAAUUGUCAUAACACAAGUUUGAGAGAAAAGAACUCGGCAGCUAAAACGAGCACUGUGGAACAGGCAUUUGAAACAGGAAAUGAAAAUAGAAAUUAUUUUCAACUUGAAAUGAAACCAGAAGAUAGUCUAGAUAUUUGAGAGGUCUAUUGGGUUUUAAUUUUUUUUUAAUAUUGCAGAAAUGUUUUGCCUUAUUUACAAUGCCCUGUAUUUUUGUAUCCUUGCAAGGCGUUAUUUUGUAUUUUUUAAAAUUCUCUAAUUAUACUUUUAUAGUAACGACCUUCUAAACAUGUAUUAGUUGAGUCAUUGUUUGUUUGUAUUGCUUAUAUGAUGA